UUUCGUGAGGCUGGAGAGCCGGUGGGGAGCCUGUGGUUGGGGAAAUAAGCACUUGUGCUGGCACUGGCUACCUCUUGAGACAGACUAGAUACAGCGGAGGGACGCGGGGACUGUGGAUUUUAACCUCCUCUUGUUAAGAAGAGAUGGAUUUGUGGAGCCUGUGAACUUUGGAGAGAAUGUACUGCACGUGUAAAAGACAAACGGCUCCUAUUUGGCACUAGGGAUUGCAGGAGAAAAGGAGGUCUCUGAAAUCUGCCGCUUAUCGUGAACACGGUCGGAUGUAGAUCUGCGCCUAAGAAGUGGAAACCCCUGGAGGUGUGAGCCAAAUCAUUGAGAUGUAGGGUGGAGAUACGUAUUACGCAUGAUUUAACGGGCCAAAAAAUACUGCUCAGCUAGGUUAACCUCAAAAACAUCUGUUAUACCUGAUUACACCUGAGACGUGAGGGAAAAUGACUGGCUCGAGGCAGGAUUGAAUGAGUUACCUGUGAUGUCAGACUUCACCUAGGGCAGUCAUCUGAGACGUCUGAGUAGUUGUGGUAUUAUCGAGGUUGGGGGGGCAGCAGUAGCAGACUUCAUUUCCAGGUGUGUUAACCACACCAGACUUGACUCACCUGACAUCAGCCCCUCUCCGUUUGGGCUCAGCCCCUCAAUUUAUCUCCUCACCUCAUCUUCUCCGUAAUCCGUGCUCUCGAAUCCACCACCGCCUCUCGUUUUCUCCCCAUGGAGCCGCUCAAGAGACGAGAGAAGAGACGCUGAUUUAUAUUACCCCCGGCAGCCUGCGUCUGAUUCCACAGCACUAGAAAUAGAAAGCAGAAAGAAACAGCGGCGGCAUUUGUGAACUGUCAUCACGUAGAGCAAGAGACGCACCAUGUGGAAUCAGUCCGGAUACUGCAACCACAUACCUCAUGCCGGGUAUCCCUUCUACCAUGCACCCUGCAGUCAUAACCAGAGGACCACAGCGUUUCGCCAUCCUGUGACCGGGCAGAUUUCUCCAGAGAACGUGGAUUUUAUCCUGCAAGAACAGCCGCAGGGUGCUUGCACGAUGUCCAUAGCCGCGGGUGAGCAGCUUUCCAGCACCACCGUCAGCGAGGCCUCCACGACCAUCACCUCCUCCACUGUGGACACCACGUCUGCCUCCAAGGGCUCCCGGCCCAUCAGCAAGGUGCACAGCUUUGGGAAGAGAGAGCAGGCCAUUAAGAGGAAUCCCAAUGUCCCUGUGGUGGUGCGAGGAUGGCUGUACAAACAGGACAGCUCCGGGAUGCGUCUUUGGAAGCGGAAGUGGUUCGUCUUGUCCGAUUUCUGUCUGUUCUACUACAAAGACAGCAGAGAGGAAUCUGUCUUAGGCAGUAUUCCUCUGCCCAGCUAUGUCAUUUCACCCGUGGGACCCGAGGACCACAUCAGUCGCAAGUAUGCCUUUAAGGCUAGCCACACCGGUAUGCGCUCGUACAUUUACAAGCAGAGCUCUGUGAUUGGCUCGCAGGCGGAGCACACUGGGAUGCGUACGUAUUACUUCAGCGCUGACACCCAGGAGGACAUGAACACCUGGCUGAGGGCCAUGAACCAGGCCGCGCUAAUGCAGAACCAUGCCGAUGCACUCAUCAGACCAUCUGACAAGUUUGAGAAGUUGAGCAUGUUGCAGCAGCAGGCUGUCCCGCAGACAAACCAUGUAAACAACCACAAGACCAAGACUUCCGACUCUGACACCACCAGACCGAUCAUCCACGAGGUUCUCCUGGAGCCCAUACACCGUGACGCAGAGGAGCGCUGCAGCUUCCACAAAGACUCUCCUUCCGCCGCCAUGUCGGAGCAACCCGGGGGAAGCACUGGCUUGGAAAUGGACACGCACACUUCCCUCCCCUCCAACCCCACACCCUCUGCCCUCCCACAGUCGGACCACGUGUCCGCCUCGGCGCCUGUGUCCAGGGUGCCAUCCCGCGCGCCGUCACGAGCCGCCUCAACACUACCCUCCAGCGUUUGCACAAGGAAUGGCCUCGUCUCCACGCCCAGCCCCAUUCUGGAGCCCAAUGGGAUCGCAGCGGGCACGUACCAGAGGGCCCCAGCGCCGCCCUCUGCUGACACACAGAAGCAUGUGCAGAGGAGAAGCACUCUGGAGCAAGUGGAGCAGUGGGUCAAAGUGCAGAAGGCUGAGCACAAAGGCCCCCCAUCCAGAGAGAACACCCUCCCACGUCGCACACCACCAACCCAGCACAAGUUCACCUCCGUGGACGCAUACCAAACCCUGCCAAAGACUCAGCGGCAGAGUCCCCCACCUGCCCGACUCGGUGAGUACAAGUAUGCCCAGGACCGCCUGAGCCACUUCCGCCUCACCCCAGAGCAGGCUGGCCCAGGGUCCAGCACCGUCUGGCAGCUGUACGAGUGGCAGCAGCGCCACCAGUUCCGUCACGGCAGUCCCACGGCGCCACUCUACACCCCAGCCCCAGACUACCCCUUCGGCCCCCGCCCCCCAUCCACUGUGCCUCCCUCCUCCUCAGCCCCGAAGUCCGAGGGGCCUCCUCGCUGUGUGUCGGUACCACCUUCAUCUGCAGACAUCCCUCCACCGGGGCCCCCACCAGGCACCGGCCGAACCCUGUCGCCCACACGGAGGCCACAUACGCCAGCUGAACGGGUGACAGUCAGGCCCGUGGGUGACAGGUCAGUGGUGGACAUCCCCCUCGUUGUUUCCCCCCGGAGGACCAAAUCUCAGCUGUUCAAGGCUUCUACUAUCGAGAGACGGUCAAUGCCUCCCUCCAGCUACAUCACACACACAGUCAGUGCACCCAGCCUUCAUGGCAAAACGGCUGAUGACACCUAUAUGCAGCUGAAGAAGGACUUGGAGUAUCUGGACCUAAAGGUUGCUGGAAGUCAGACACUGAAGGAGUCAGGGAAACCUGUCAAGGUUGCAGAAAGUGACGUGGAUGUGAAGUUGAGUCGGUUAUGUGAGCAGGACAAGAUCCUGAAGGAUCUGGAGGCGAGGAUCAGCUCCCUGAAGGAGGACAAGGACAAGUUGGAGAGCGUACUGGAUGUGUCCCACCAGCAGAUGGAGCAGUUCCAGGAGCAGCCGGCCCACGCCCACAAGAUCGCCUAUCAGCAGCGGCUGCUGCAGGAAGAUCUGGUCACCAUCAGGGCCCAAAUAUCACGCCUCUCCACGGAGAUGGGACAAGCCUGGGAGGAGUACAGCAGCCUGGAGAGAUCCGUAGAGCAGUUGAGGGCAGCGCUGCACAUGCAUAUGAACCACAGCUCCACCCCUCAGCGAGAGAAAGCUGAGAUGAAGCGCGAGCUGUGGAGGAUCGAAGAUGUGAUGUCCGGACUGAGCGCCAGCAAAGCCAACUACAAGGUCACCAUUGACUCUGUCCAGAACCCAGAGAGGAAAUUAGUGCCUUCGGUGUCAGACCCGGCAGUGCCUUCUCAUAGCACAGAGGUGCACCCUCCUCCUCGCAGCUCCAUCCCCAGCAUCCUCUCCUAUACGUUGCCUCACAGCACCGUGCCAAAGUGGGCAGAGGACAGCGCUCCACCUCGGCCACCACUGCCCCGCCUCUAUGACUACGAAGAAACGCCCCCCGUGGUGCCUCCUCUCCCCAGAGAGGCCUCAGUCAUCCGCCACACGUCCGUGCGCGGACUGAAACGCCAGUCAGAUGAGAGGAAGAGGGACAGGGAGAGCGGGCAGUAUGUUGUCAAUGGAGACUGUAAGGCUGACUUGCGGUCCUACCUGAGUGAACCAGAGCUGCCAGGAAUGAGUCACCACAUCACUGGGUCUGACGUUGACUACCAGUAUUUCCCAGGCAAAGGUCUGUCAGGCUCCUCAUCUCAACCGAACCAGUCCAACUCCAUCUCGUCCUACGUCACCCUAAGGAGAGGCCCCGGGAGCUCCGCGGCCAGGGAGCGACCUAAGAGUGCCUUGGAGCGUCUGUCAUCACCUACAGAGGCCCUGCAGCUCCCGGGCAGCCAGGCUCGCGGCCGCAUGACCGCGGAGGAGCAGCUGGAGCGGAUGAAGCGUCACCAGAAGGCGCUGGUUCGCGAGCGCAAGAGGAACCUCAGCCAGGGGGAACGCUCCUGCACGGGCCUCGCCGCCUCUACCGUCACCACCCAGCGCUCCUCCUCCUCCUCCCGGCUGCCCUCCAGCACCUCUGAUCCUCCGGCCUCCAGAUUUGCACUCGACAAUAAAGAGUUUCUUGCUUCUGAUCCUCCUCUUGGCUGUGUUCUUCCUAAUCAGGCGUUCGACUGGCGGGAAGAGCGACCGGGGGCAGAGGGUCAGAGCGACGAAGGACGGAACCAAGUGAGAGAGAGGGGCAGGAUUCGGUCAGAUGAGUGGGUGACGGUGAAGGCCACACGCAUACGAGAGGUGGACGUUGAGCCUUUUGACUACAACCUGGAUAUCAGCCGAGAGCUGUCCAAACCGCAAAAAGUUCCCAUCCCAGAGCGUUACGUAGAGUCCGACCCCGACGAGCCCGCAAGUCAAGAGGAGCUGGAGGAACGCUCCCGGCGGGCCGAGCGCAUAAAGAACCUCCUGGCCAAAUCCAGUGUUCAGAACAUGCCUCCAUCUGCAUCAUUAGACUUCAGUGAGCUGGACUCAGCUCUGCAGCAGCAGGAGAGAAUCAUGACCGUGUCCCACACGCUGGCUUCGGAGGCAUCACGCAAAAGCAAACUGGUCGCAGCCAAAGCUGCGGCACAGCACUGACCCACGGGAACGGACCACCACCGCAAGUCAGGAGAGAUUCUUUGGGAAGGGGGAAGGGGAGGAUCUGAUCCUUUUUCAGCAGUUGCCAACUAAUUGAUUUACCUGUAACAAAUCCCUCUCAUAUGACUUUAGAACUACAUACAUGUUUCUAAAAGAGUGUUGACCUGUAGUUUUGAAAGAGAAUCAAGUUUCACUGCAUCUGCACUUACAUUGCACAAUGAAGUCAAUCAAUGAUUAAUAACACGAGUGCUUUUUUUUUUUUUUUUUUUUUUUAUAAGUACCUGUUUUGCAGUUUGGCCUUUUUUUUUCUGAGUGAAUAAAAAGAGUGAAAUGAAAGCCAACGCCAACAUGCUCAGAUAACAGUGAUGUUUUUACAUGAAUUAUUUAUUACAUUGUUUUGGCUUGACAUGCUUGCUCCAUUUCUACUGUAUAAUUUCUGAGCACUGUCACCCGAUGAUCAUGGCCCUGUCAAUCGUCUCAAACACAUUAGAGUAUAAGAUCGAUCGCAGUUUAACACACGGGAAAAAAAAAAAAUCCACUUCACAAAAUAAAUAUUACAUUAAACAA